AUGACGCACCUAAAAGCGGCCGAGCUCGAGCAGCUGACGGAUCAAAACAUCCUCCGACAGUCGCUGGCCGUCGGAUCCGUCGUUUUGACCGCAUCAUCCUUCGCCCGCCGUCGGGCUCAUCGCGCCGCGUUUCGCCCCGAAUUCGAAGAAGAAAUGCGUCAGAUUGGCGAGGGACUUCAAGGCGCAAUCUUCGAGCAGUUUGGGCUGUCUGUAGCUUUGAAGAAGGAGGCCCCCGGCAAUGAAUCUGGCGCAUCGAAUCUCCAACACGAGUAUAAAAUCCAUGUGAAUGUUCAUAGGGCGUUCAAUCAAUACGACGGCCAGAUUGGGAGCCACAUUUCGGUCCCUUGUCCUUUCAGCAUUAUCCUUACGGUACAGGAUCAGUUCUGGAAGGAUUAUCUUCAAAGGUUCCCCACCACUUACCGCCUGAGAACCAAUGUCGUUGAGAUGGAGAGGAUUCUGCCACUACCAAAAGUCAUACGAAAAUCUCUGAUUCGCCAAUUUUACCCGCGUCCCGACGGCCAAGACUCAAUUGAUCCAGCAGUCCUCGACGAAAUUUUGAGCGAUCCCGCCAACAAGGACUGUCUCGCCCGGCCAUAUCUUGGUCAAUCCGAAGGACAGUACAAUGGCGCCACGUUCUCUUUGAGAAAUUUCCCUCUGUAUCUAAAGGACAUGGAAAAGUUGGGACUAGGAGUGAAAGAUAUGGCAAGAUGCAUGGGGAAGGCAUACGCAAUCAUGCACUGGGGAGCUGGCGCCGAUAGUGACGACGCUGAAUUUGUUCUUGGAUCAUCAGUCAUUUCGGACAGUGAAUCAUCGGACAUCCAGCAUAGAGAAACCGGCCUCUAUCUUCUGGACUUUGGGCAGUGUGUUUCUGUCGAUCUCGCUCAACCACGACAUGUAGUCUAUCAAGCUUUCAAAGGAGCCAUGGUGACGGGCGAUAACCAGAAAUUCAUUCCACACUACAGUAGAACCCCCGAGCUGUUCCGAGAAUUCAGACAGGGAUAUAUGGAGUCAGGUCAGAUCAUACUCAAGGAUAAGGGCAUGGACCACCAGUUUGAUAUGAAGGAUUUCAUGGACGAGUAUGAGGAGUACGCAGAGGACUUUUUAUACUAG